AGCGCCAUUGCGCAUGACAGUCAGUGCGGCCUUGCGGACUGAAGAGAGCUGCCAACAAAGGCCGAGUCGAUGGGGUUACAAAAAGAUUAAUUUGGACUAGUAAAACCCUUUUGUUGUUGUAAUUAUAAUUUUAUAUAGGUUGUGAAUCUGUGAUUACGGUUAAGAAAAUGUGUGAAUGAUAUGAAACGUGACGACUAGCAAAGGAGUCAGCUGGUCCACAGUGCGAAUAGUGAAUAAAGAAAUGGCGGCCUUGCCAGCAGGUGUUCAGUAUGGGUUAUCAUCAGAGUCUAGUUAUAAAGAAAACAAGGAACUAGUGUUUGUGAAAUUAACGGAUUCAGCGUUGAAAGCUAUAGAAGACUUCAUUAGAAAUAAUAGGGACAAAUUGGCAAAACCUAAAAUACAGUUCCUACCCGGAAAUGAAGGGAAAAUCUCCAUUCCGGCUCCAGCCAGUAGCAAUGGCGCUGCGGGUGAGGCAACGUUUCACUUCAGCAUCAAUAGCAAUGCAGAAAUGGAGGGUCCACAGGGUUCGUUCGAGUGCGUCAGGAGUGGUGGCGCGCGGCGGUUGGAGUCGUGCGGGCCACUGCCGCGAAGGAUGCGCGUCCAAGCCAACGACGACUCGUACGAGGCGACUAAAGACCGCAUGGCGAGAACUGUCGCCGCGGAGCAGAGCAAAUGCACCCGCGUGAUAAAACCGAACCAGACGGACAUCGGUCGUCGCGUGAAGGUGCGCUCGUCGCAUCCCCUCUUCUCUUCGGGGCCCACUUCGGUGCCGGAGCGGCUAGAGCGCCCUGAGCGGCAAGAACGCCCCGAGCGGCAAGAACGCCCUGAGCGGCAAGAACGCCCAGAGCGGCAAGAACGCCCCGAGCGGCAAGAGCGCCCGGAGCGGCCUGAGCGGGAACGGAGCGAGCGCGUUGAAAGGCCUGUCGCUCCACCGGUUCCGCGCCCGCAGCCGCCGCAGCCAGCGAACCAACAUCCCCAACAGCAGCCGCAACCACAUCAGGCGCACCAACCGCAGCGGCCGCCCCCUAACCCGGACCUCACUAGGCGGUCCAUAAAAGAAAGACUUAUACAGUUAUUAGCAUUGAAGCCUUUCAAGAAGCCCGAAUUGUACGCGAGGCUAAAUAGUGAGGGCAUCAAGGAGAAGGAACGCGGGGUGGUGAACAAGAUACUCCCACAAAUAGGAACGCUCAAGGACAACUGUUAUCAUUUACGUAGGCACAUAUGGAAUGACGUCAACGAAGAUUGGCCGUUCUAUACUGAGGAGGAGAAACGUAUGCUCAAGAGGCGGAAACCUCAAAAUCUAACGCCACCGCUGAGCAGCGACUCGGCGAACUCUCUAUCGCCGCGCGCUUCCCCGAGUGCGAACAAGCGGCCUAGUGCUAAUGUUAGUGCGGAUGAACUGCCGGCUAAGAAGCAGCGCAUCUCGCACUACAGGCGGCCCUCGCCACCCUCCUCGGGCUACGCGACUACCUCCUCCGGCGAACGGCAUGCGUCUGACAAUGAGGAUGAACGGACAACCGUGAAAAAGGACAACGGCUACACACUCAAUUUCACGACUGUCAAGGAUCUCUGCCCCAGUCCUGUGAAAGCGAACGGUUUUAGAAAUAGUCCUCCAGUAGAGCAAACUAGUAUCACAGUAAAAGACAUCACAAAUACUGAACCCUUAGUAGAAAAUACAGAAUUAACGUCUGUGCCCGAUGAGAACAUGACUGAUUUGGAAGAGAUUGAAAGGCAAUACCCGCCGAUUACGAGUUCGAGUACGCGGCGGGCCUAUAAGAAUGAAUUCGCGGAGUUGUACCAGGAGUACCGGACGCUGUACGCGCGCGUGGCGCAGGUGGCGGCGGUGUUCACGCAGCUCGAGGCGCAGCUCAAGCGCGCGCAGCCGCACUCGCCGCACCACCAGUCCAUAGAGCAACGCAUCGUUGAAGAAUACAGGCGCGUGCGCAACGACGCCAAGUACCAAAACGAGAGGCGGCGCGUCAACUACCUGCACCGCAAACUCACGCACAUCAAGCGGAUGGUGCAUCAGUACGAUCAGCUGCGCAAUCUUAAACCGGAACGCGUUCCAGCCGCAAGCACCACCCAAGCGUACUGACACUCAAGAUAUUCGCCGCCCGCCCGAUGCCUCUAGCAUUCACUAACGCCUCCGACUUGCAUCGCAACGAAACACCGGACAUUUUGUAUACGUAGUAAGUGGUAGUGUCUCCCUAACAGUGACAGGACUACGGCCUUGAAAGGACAGUCUUGCAAUGCCGCGCUGGCUGUGUUAAGGAUUCGAGUGUAACGCGUUGUGACACGACACUCUGGACAAAAUCUCCACAAACACAUAUACAGUUUUCAUAUAGACAUAUUUUUAUAAGACUUCCUUCCUGACUGAGAACUAGGUUUCAAAGUCGUGUAGAUUUUUACCUGAAAAACUGAUAUAUGUAGGUUUGGAGCGAGAUUUGUUCAGCGGUUCUCAAGUCAAAUUUUCAACGCACAUAACAAAUUAACGGACUGUACAAUUUAUAUACAUUGUUAUAACCGCUUGUUCUCUAGCCUUUUUUCAUUGUAAGCCAUUGUGCAGAAUCGCCUGUGUGAACAGUCAUUGUAGCCAAUAAGCGUGAAAAAUAACACUAUAAACAGCCAACAAGUGAGGCGCUUUUAAUAAUCGCGCGCUCUCAUUGGCUGAUUAUCACGUUAUGUUUCACCUCGCGCCGCGUAAGAGAUUUAUAGGUUACCUUUACCUUCAACUCGAGUGAAAGUUAAUAACAUCAAUGUCGGUUUUAAAUAAUGGCUUUAAAUAUAUAUCACCUUGUCAAUGAACUUGAGUUAUUGUUACACAGUAAGGAACUGGGAUCACUGUAUCACGAGGCAUUCUGCCAAUUUGGCAUAUAUAGUGCAAUGAUAACUACUUCAUGGCAUGAUUAAGGUAUAAUCAGUCCUUUGGCUAUGAAAUGAAGCUUAAAAGAUAUUUACAAAUUUAUUUUAACUUGAAUAUUGAACAAAAGCGCCAACUUUCGGACUGAUGCGACAAGAUUAAAGUCUUCUUUUAUCAGUCAGAUACUUGGUCCCAAGUCGAUAUUCAAUGUCUAAGUUGCGUUCUUCCGUACAUUAAUUUUAUAGACUGACAACCUUAAUCCAUGCAUAAAUAUUACAAAGAAUACGAUUCUUUACAAAAACUGGAUGUGAGACCCAUACUGAACUAAAAAGUUUCAUAUUACUUUUCAACGUUGACUGUAUUUGACGUGUGUUAUAACUUUCUUCCGACCAACGCUUGUUUCUUUCUAAUUUUAAUGUUAAGGUGAAAACGGGAACAUUGUUUUUAAUAAUCGAUACUAGUUUGAAGCGGACUUAUCACACCAUUACGCGCAACCUUUUGGAUCUGAUAUCUAAAUAUGAAUUAUUUAUCGAUGUAGUCGCGACGGCCUUGUCAAGAGAAAGGAAACUAGCGGGCGCUCGUGGUGGGGUAAGAAAGUCUUAUAAAAUGCCAAGAUGUGGAAAGAAGCAUGCAAGGUCACCCUUAUUAAUUAUUCUCUUGUAUGCCGCACUCACAAAAACGUUUUGUGACAACGGCAUGCGACGAUUACUGCCUUUAAACCAAUGUCUAUAGAGCGUCGGCGACAGUCCGGUUGAUUUUAUAUUGUAAAUAAAUAUGUAUAUUAAAUUUUAUAAUAGUCCAAAGUAGAUAUGUAUUUGUUCGUCCACAUUUUAUUCCAUGUGAAAAGUAUUGCCGUCUAACGUUAUUGUUGUCCAUGAAUUUGCUUGUAACGCAAAAUAAUUGUUUUUUAUCUAUCUCAUUCUACUUAUAAAUUCACGUGCCUCAAAUGUAUGUACAAAAGUUAGGGAACUUUUUCGCACCAUUUUUUAUCCUUGUUACACAAAAAUUCGUUCCGAUUAUUCAUAGUAGAGCUGUUAUUAAACAAAAACAUAUUCUAUUGCUCUUUCUACCACAUCGCGACCAGAACACAGUUAACGAACACCUUUACUUACAUUGAGGUUACGAAUUUAGGAUAGAAGAAAAGAAAUACGCCAUUAUGAUAGUCAUUUCAAUUCUAAACUGCAACAAUUCUAAAAGUCAAUUUGACGUCAUUUGGCCUUGACAAGUAAUUUUAAUGCCCUUCUACGUCAUCAAUAUCGUCCCUCUCGCUUCAAUCCAUCCAUAUUUAUAAUGUCGGACGUACAUUUGUUUCACUCUUGCCCAGCUUGCAUGUUGUAUAUAGUAGCGACUUACAUAAAUAUUUAUCGAUUUCUUGUUAAAUUUUGUUAUGAGUAGUUUAAAUAUUCUCAAAUAUUUUUCCUCAUUUAACUAUAAUUACAUUUAGAACAAUAUUCAAUCUGUUGCUUGGCUCAGUCGUGUUGCGACCGCGCGCAGAUCUUAUCAAUAAUUCAAAGGCUUUAAACAAACAACUCAUCGAUGUCACAAAGGAAACUCUUCAACAGAUAUUGACGUAUAGUAUUAGAGAAAAAAAUACGGAAGCAACACGGCGGUUGUCGCCAAAGCGAUCAUUGUCCCAAAAUUACUUGUUCAAUUUGAAAUUCAAUAAAACGUCUCGAAAAUUAGCAUCAACCGGCCAGUGUUAAACAUCCACUAGAAUUAAGAAAUUCUGGUCCUCUUCGGAAAACCCUCCAGAACACAAUAAAUUGUAGUUAUUUUAGUCUGCAUUCGGGCCAGAAGACACGAUAUGGAUACACUUUUUAAAGGAAACCAAAACACCAAUGGGCACUUGCAAAGGUAGGCCCCGUCCCUGGACCCAGUGUAUGGAAAGCCGUCUUGCAUAAUUUGUCCUGAGAGUAACGUCCAUAUUUGAAAAUGAUUUAGCGUUAAGUAAUUCUGAUUUUUAUCUAUAAAAAGUCAUUUCGUGCAAGUCCAAUAUUUCCAAUUCUCCAAAGCACCAAUGCGACGUAAGCGUCCUAAAAUUUAAUACCAUCGCCAUUUCAUCCAAUGUAUAUAUUUGCUUCCUUUUAUUAAAUGCGUAUAUAUAGUGUAAUAAACUAUUACGUAGGUUUACGAAACCUUGUUGACGCCUCCUGUUAUUUCGGUUGAUUUUUGUCAAUUAUCGUGUCAAGCUAUUUAAUUUUCAUUAAUAUGGUCAAUUGUUUUUGUAUAUCUACAAGUAGAUUUUCAUGUCAAGUUAUUUGGUCAAUUCAAGCAUAAGUGUCCUUUUGUUGCUCAUUGGUAACGUAUUUAUCGCUUUUUACUCAUUGAAAUGCUCAAUGUAUUGUCACGGUGGUAUGUGAUUACAUAAUUAUGUAAAUUUCUAUGGGGUCAUAAUUUAUUUCGUUAUUUAUUUAUUUUUUUCUUAAAAGUGCUCUAAAUCACACCCUUAAUAUAUUCGUACUUUUUUCUUAGCAUUAAAACAUCAUGUCUCUCUCGUCAUAACGCUUUAUUUUCUUCAAGUAUCUUGCCCCUAAUUGCACGGUGUUGAGUGUAGUCUCACAAUCGCGAACUAAAUUUGUUCUGUAGAAAAAAACCGUUAAAAUGUUAUUGUUACCACUAGUUUAAGCACUAUCGAUUGUUUUAUUAUAUGUAAUGAUUGAAUAUUUGUUUUUCAUGAGGAUGUAAUUUCUUAUGUUAUAUUUUCAAGAAGGUUGUUAAUGAUUAAAGUGGAUAUUGUGAAUGAUGCAUUCCAUUUGCCAGAACUGUUGGUUUAGCACUGUUCAUUGACGCACUUAGUACGUGGAUAGUGUUAUAAAUAUAAAACUAUAUUUUUACAGGCAUUGUAUAAUAUCAAAUAUCCUUAUGUAGGGAGCGUUAGUCAAACUUGUAACAUGUGGGAUAGACCCAGGCGGGACUGUGGAGCAGCCUCGCUGGUCGACAGUGCAUCGAUACGAACAAGACCACUCAAACACCAAUUUCUGAAUUAACUAAAAUAUCCCUUAAUAACGUAAUUAUAUCGAUAUCAAAAUAUCUAAUACUGUCACAAAGGGAGUAAUAAAAUGUCAAAUGUUGCUCGAUUGUUACCGAUUAAGUUAUAGGAAGUUGGACAGAAAUAUUUGUAUUUUGUCAUGUUUAUACAAGGAAAAUAUCUCAAUGAAAUAUCAUAGUCCAUUGUACAGAGUAGACGAUAUUUAGUAUCUAGUGACGUCAUCUUUUUUCUUAAAUCCUAGCUAGUAAUAAAUUAGGAAUACUAAUUCCCAAAUAUGUAUCGGUUUUUGCGGCAUGACAAACGCGCCACGUUGUGCUCUGUUUACUUUCGCGACUCGCCGGCUUAAUGAAAUCUAUUACAAAUAUCAGUCAGGUUGUGUUAACCCCAUAUUUUAGUCAUAACAAUGAAUUUGGCCUAUUUUAUUUUAAUUAAUAUUCGUUAUAAUAUGUAUAUUUACUGUUUAUAAAGUGGCAUUUUUGUCAUGUGCAAACUUAACAUGUUAUAUUACUUAAUAUAGCUGAUAUUAUAGCGGCUUAAGGCGGGCGUUACAUAGAUGAUCCUUACCUUACUUUAAUUUAGAUGUAGAUGUUUGAGUUUGCGUAUUCUGAUCAAAUGUUAUUGUAAAUUUGCUGUACAGUAAUCAGUGGUGGCCGCCGCCGCGCAUGCUCGCGCCGACUGACAAGACUGUCGAUGCGCCGAACAAGUUGAAUUAUAUAUUAUGUCAAUGUAAAUAGAGUACGAAUUAGACAUUUAGACACGUUAAGAGAUGUAAUCGUAGUGUUUUAUUUUUUACUAAUUUCUAUAAAAUGUAUAUGACGGUAAAGUGAAUAGAUAAAAAACAAUGAAGUGUCGGAGCGAGCCGAGCGCGGCAGCGGCAGAGAAACAAUGCUGCGAUAUUCCUUGUGCCCCUCGAAAUAUCAGUGCAUUAUAUGAGUCAAGAUGUAUAGACGAUGCUGUAGUGUUAAUGUGUAUAGAUGCGUUUAUACAAGCUCGAGUCAGGCGACGCGGCGGACGCUUGCCGGCCGGUUCGAGCGAACGACGACUAGCUAUGAAUCCUGACAUCGGCUCACGUUAAUUAGCUUUUAAAUAUUUCAUCAAAAUAUAAAAUACACAAAAAAAAAUGGAUAUAAAUUUCUCGACCAAGUACUGGUUGUUUUUAAAUUAUUAAAAUGUAAAAAAAAUUAGAAUAUAAACAAAGUAUAGGUACAAUUUAUGAAUUAUACUUUUCUUUUCGGCAUUUCAUAUAACAGUGGAAGGGACCUAGCUUUUGCUACCGAGUAGUCGCCGCCGCGGACGGUGGCGCGCGACUCGCAGCGCACUAUAAGCAACCUUGCACAGUGUCGAAUGUUUCUAUAUAUUUUGUGAUUUCUUUUGCUCAUGUUCUCUUCCAUUGUUUUAAUUUUGUUUUGUCAUCUGUCUAAUUGUAUAAUAUGAUUUUGUUAAGGCAGGGUAAUGCAGAAAUGAGAAGAGGUACUUUUUAAUUUUGAAUCGAUUGACGAUUUAUUUGAAUGUUUAAAUUGAGUUGAUUUUAUCCAUUCAAUGGAGUUUGUAUUGUUAUGAAAGGAGCCAGAGUUUGUUGUUUUCUUUUUUAAUUAAGUCAAUUUGAAUUUCGAAGAUUAACGUUUGAGGCAGCAGAUUAGUUAAUUAACUGUCAAGUUACCACAGAAACAAUAGUCAGAGUUAGGCUCUCUUUGGCGUUGCCCUUUAGUGAUGGAAGCUUGGUUUAGAAGGCGCGAGUCGCCACCGAUCGUCGGUAGUCAGUAUUACAUCAUGCAAUAAACAUGAGCUGAAGAGAGGUUGUGAAGUAUUGUUAUAAAAGGUACCUAUUCAAAAUCUGGAUAAACAGACUAACUUGUAAAAUGGACAGAUAGUGUUGCUGCAAUGUGCAUUUACGCCAUCUUCAUUUUAAUUUGAAUUAUGGGAUCAGUGCCAAACUUUCUCCUUCUUGUUUAGCUCAAAACGAUGCAAUUGUUAGCAUGCUUGAUGAAACAGCUAAGUAAUUGUUUAGUUAGUCUGCCAUUUUGUGAAUAUUAUUUUGUUUUGAUAGUAAUAUGUAAAUCUUUUAUAAUAUAUUUGUUUACAAUAAAUAAAUGACAACAUUAUAAAUAAAUGAAAUUGUAUUUUCCAUUUAAACUGAUGAAAAAAAUAUAAAAAGAAUAAUAUGCAAUGAAA